AUGGACAUAGCUAAGGUUAUUGAAUUCGUUCAAUUUAAAGAACGGUUGCAACACUCUAACCAGUAUCUAGUUGCAAGAGUUGAAGAAUCUAUUUUAAGGUUAAAGCAACAUGCACAUAGCAUUGAAGAAGAGGAGGCUGUUCUUGAGAGCCUGAAAUACGGGAUUCACUUUGUUGAGCUUUCCGAUGAGAUUGCCUCUAAAACUCCGACAUUUAAUGAAGACUUGCAGUCACGUCCUUUUGAAGGGAUUUCCUGUUAUCCGAGAGAGAACUUGAACCAAAGUCUGGAAGCCGGUGUUAGAAGAAAUGUUGAAAGGAGAUCUCUUCUUCCUCGCAUGCUUUACCUUUCUAUUCAGAGUGUUUCAAUAUCAAUCAAGGAGAACUUUGAGAUUAACGGUUCUGUAUCUGAUCCUAAAAUAUCCACGGAGCUAAAAUUCUUGCUUGAGAGCUAUGCAAAAAUGUUGGGAUCUACUUUUGAGGAUGCAGUUGAACUGGUUAUGGGGGUUUCUAAUGGACGAAAUUCUUAUAAGGAUUUUGGCCCCAGUUUGGUUGAAUGGUUUAAUUUUGCCGUGUUUCUGAAUGCAUGGAACUUGAGUUCUGGUGAACUAGUGGAAAAAAAUGCCGAUGGAUGUCAGUCUCGUACCUGGCAUAUUAUUGAUACUCUGUUGGAAAAAUACAUAUUAGAGGGAGUUAAAUCCUUGGAGACCUCAAUAUUCACUCCUUACGUCGACAUAUGGACACUUGUACAGGUCGUUUCAGAGCCAUUAGCUUGGCAUGGCCUUGUUCUCCAGGCCUGUGUCCGAUCUUCUCUUCCAUCUGGUAAAAGGAAGAAGAAAGCAGGAUCAGUUGAGCUAUCCUCUUCUCCUCUAUUUCUUAGAGUGCGAGAUUCAACGCAUUCUUUAUGUAGUAUUCUAGAGGUCUUGCUGAAGUGGUUAAGUGGGCUCAUCAACCAAUCGGAAGAAGGUAAAUUAGAAGCCAUAAUUUCCUCGAUUCGAAGGAGUGAAAACAACGAUGGACCUGGGCAAGUUUUUCGGACACUAGAAACUCUGACUUCAUCAAUGAACAAUACCGAGCUUGGUGAUAGGAUUACUGAAGCAUUGAAGUCUUGGAAUACUGUAGAUGCUGCAAGAAAGAUAGUUACCGGGAAGCAUGUAGUGUUAAAUGAGUUUACAAAAUUUUGUGAAGCAAAAUUCAAAACAUUUCAGAAAUUGAAACAGCAAAUAUCUCAAGUCUGA